UUUUAACCAGUAAUACCAGUAAUCUGCGAAAAUGAAUAAAAAGGUGGUCACUGCAUUUUAUUUAAUGCUAAACGUGAUCUUCUCUAUUGCGAUCGUAUUACUGAAUAAAUGGCUGUACGUUCAUACGCGUUUUCCAAACGUUACACUAUCCAUGAUACAUUUUGUCAUGACAUUCAUUGGCUUGAUAAUUUGCGAGAAAUUCGAUGUUUUUUGCAUCAAAGACGUCGAUAUCAAGGAGAUGAUACUAAUUGCCAUGACAUUUUGCGGAUUUGUCAUUUUGACGAAUCUAAGUUUGGCCUAUAACACAGUCGGGACUUAUCAAGUGGCAAAAAUGCUGACGACACCCUGUGUGAUAAUGAUGCAAAUGAUAUUUUAUAGGAAACGUUUCAGUAUAUUCGUGAAACUGACGCUCAUACCGAUCACGUUGGGCGUCAUGAUUAAUUUUUAUUAUGACAUACAAUUUAACGUCAUUGGAACUAUUUAUGCUACACUGGGAGUUCUUGUAACAUCUUUGUAUCAAGUUAUGAUAAACAGAAAACAAAAGGAAUUUCAAAUGGAUCCAAUGCAACUGUUAUUUUACCAAGCACCCUUGUCAGCUGUUAUGCUCUUGAUUGUUGUUCCAAUUUUAGAACCAAUUGGACAAACUUUGUCGCACAAUUGGUCUCUAUUGGACGUAGCCAUGGUGAUAUUGUCAGGAGUGGUUGCGUUUUUUGUGAAUUUAACUUCCUACUGGAUUAUAGGAAAAACUUCGCCUUUAACAUAUAACAUGGUUGGACAUUCCAAAUUCUGUCUUCUUUUGAUAGGAGGUGCAUUAAUUUUUCAUGAAACAUUAGCAAUAAAUCAAGUUAUCGGUAUAAUUUUGACAUUAAUAGGAAUCAUAUUAUAUGCGCAUGUCAAAAUGAAAGAUAAUCAACCACUAAUACCAGAACUUGAGAGAGAAACAAAACCUUUGCACAAAGUAUGAUUUGUUUCAAAGACACUGCGUUUAGGUCACAGAAAUUGUGUAAAAAAGACCAGUACUUAAUAAUGUAUAAGUUUUGUAAGCUUAAAAUCUGUGUCAUAAUAAACAUGUUUUCUUAUCCUUGAUCUCA